AGCGAAUCAGCUGCGAGACGCAACCGGCACACAGAAUUUUCCUGAUGGCUUCCACAACCCACAAAGAUUACCAUUCUGAGGAAUAUGAUCCAGUCGGGUUUAUACAGACUUAUACUGAUCCUGCUAACGAGAAGUUCAGGCAGUACAUUAUGGAGCACAGUAUAGCAUUGAUCAACAAAUCAUUCUCUUCAGGUCUUGUGAAAGGGAAUACAUUGAUCGAUCUCUCUGUCGCGCCACUAUUUGGCCACCUAUUGGUAAUUGCGAAUACCUUCAAGGAGAUCACUAUUGUGGACUCAUCUGAAACCAAUCGACAAGAAACCGAAAAAUGGCUGAAACAGGACUCUGGAGCUGUGGAUUGGUCUGCCUGGGCGAAAAUUGUCAGUUCACUUACGGGAAAAAGUGAGCCGUGGCAAAAGCAAGAGGAAAAUGUGAGACGUGUGGUUAAACGUAUCCUGCCAUGUGAUUUCACAAAAGACAAUCCAUUGGACCCUGUGGUCUUAGGCCCGGUGGACUGCGUCUUCACUGCUUUAUAUCUGGAGUCCAUUAGCAAAGAUCGUGAUACCUAUAUUAGUAACCUAAGAAAGGCGGCGUCACUUGUGAAGGUCGGGGGCUAUAUGGUCAUGUUCGUCCCCAUUAACAUGUCCUAUUAUGUCAUCAAUAACCACAAGUUCUUCAUCCUUUCAAUUGAUGAGGCCUUCAUACAAAAGGCUCUUGUGGAUUUGGGAUUUACCCUUUUGAAUACUGACCAGUGUAUUGACACGCUCGAUACCCACUUGUUUGAUAUUGAGCAUAUGCUUUAUAUUGUUGCUUGCAAGAAAAAGUGAUUUGCGCUGUUUAGGAAUUGUCAAUGUGUCCUUUCUGGUGAUAUGUACCUUUAUGGACACAAUAGUAUUCUCGUAAGGGGUGAUUCCCAAUGUGUGUUUACUGUGUGUCUUUGUAGCUGUGACGACGAGUCAGCAUUAAGCACAAGGACACAUAGGGGGGAGAUUCAAUUGUUUGAAAAGUCAGUUGGUGUCUGUUUUUUCCUAUCUAAUAGACAGGAAAAAACAGACACCCAACCGACUUUUCAAACAUUUGAAUUCCCCCCAUAGUGUCCUGCUUUGCUGUACUGCACCAAUCAUGUGCCAGUACGUAUCACUUUAUAUGGUGUGAGCAGUAGAAAACCCAACAGCCAGGGACAGGUAUAUGCAACCAUUGAUUGAUUGCUUUGACCGUUUCUGAAGCUGCGUAUUAUCAUGUUUCCUUUUAAAUAAAAUUGAGU